CUCCUUCAGUCCCUGCAGCCACGCACACACACAGAGCUGCAGUGCGCAGUAGGACAGUGUUACUGUAACUGCGUGGCCUGCAUCUGACUGGGAUUUCGUGCGACAUAUUCAAGUGUCCGGUGACAACAAGACGAGAGGAGACGACGUUUACUGUUGACAUGAGGAGGAGUGAGAUGAUGGAGAACAAACUCUGGACUGUCCUCUGUGCCCUGCUGCUGCUGACUGUUAACUUGGGAUCCACUGAAGAUGGUGCUGCCUCACAGAGUGCUCCGGGGGCUGAGGUCGUCACUGGGGCCCCAGCUGCAGCCUCUGCGCCUGCUCCGGGCCCGGAACCCACCAGUCAUCGUGCUCCGGCACUUAUCGGCUCUGACACAAACACCAGCUCCAGUGGCACCGGCAGUUUGAGCAGUAACACGACGGAAAUAACCUCUCCGUCUCCUCAACCGGAGGGAAAAAACGAUACAAACAUCGCCUCUCCCAUGGUGUCAGCGGUUCCUGAAAACAGGUCGAACAAAUCUGAUGAUUUGUCAUUGCAGCCUCAAACUCUCCCUCCUGUGAGCCAGAACACCACCUCUCAAACAACCAUCGCCUCCACCUCUCACACCACCACCACAAGCCCCCCUCAAACGACUCAUGAUAUGCCUGUAGACACUACGACCACCAACUCAUCAAAAAAUCCCGCAAAGUCACCUCCUGACUCCAUCUCAACCACAGAGCAGCCGGCCGAACCCACAACACAACCACCCACAACUGCCCCAACACCUGAGCCAACAAAGCCGGAAACUACCGUUACCACCUCCACCACCACAACUACGGCUACCAGCACCCAGUCCAAGUCAACAUCCAGCACCUCCUCCUCUCAAGAGUCCCCCAAUGCCAAAUCACAGACCCUGAAACCUCCACACACAUCACAGUCCCACACAACCCGAGGCCCAGCGAAGUCCACCACCGCCCCACCAAGCAGCUCCACCCCCCAGGCCAAAGCUGACACGCCCUCCCAGCUGAACGUUGGGGGUGACCCAAUGAUGGUCCACGAAUCGCCCACAUUAGACCCUCUCCUAGCCGGCCUGGUGACAGCCUUCAUCAUCACUGCUGUCAUCAUCACUCUGCUCCUCUUCCUCAAACUGCGCCGAAGAGACAACCGCCCAGAGUUCCGCAGGCUGCAGGAUUUACCUAUGGAUGACAUGAUGGAGGACACACCUUUGUCCAUGUACAGCUACUAAUGGAGGCAGGAUGGAAAUUGAUGGCACCUAUAAAAACCCUCCGUUAAUGCAGGCUCAUGCUAAAGUGUUUUGCCUUAAUCUGCGCCAAACAGAGAGAGUUCUGGGUAGGUAUGAGCAAACUCCUGGCUUGCUUUCAUUUAUUCAGAUCAUUGACAUUUAGGAAAGGACACGAUUGAAGCUGCAAUGGACAAUGAAGACAUCGCCUAUGAUGAUGACCCUUGAGCACGUUCAUUUUAAUGCCUGUAAUUACAAAUUCGGCAAAUUCAUCUUCUCAGUACCGUUUGGUUCAUAUUUUCCAGCUCAUGAUUUGGGGUUGUAUAAUAUAUUUAAAAUUUCCACAGAAAGGAAAAAUGUCUGUGUGAAGCACAAAGCCACAUUGUCGGUUGUAUCCAUCAGUGUGGUGGUAUACAGCUGGACACAGAUUCAGCCAGACUCUUUACCAAGGGAAGCAGAUAUAAUCUCCCCCAUUCAGUUUAUGUUGUAAAGUCUGGUUAGACUGAAGGUCAAUAGCAUCCUGACAGAGAGGCCAGAGAAGAAAUAUGAACAAGAUAAAGACCAAAUGGCCUGACUACAGAGUUAAUGAGGUUGCACUUUACUUUCUGGAGUGGAAAUAAGUCGACAAAUAUUUUUAUGUAUGAGAGAAAGAUAUGUUCUGUGUGUCAGCAUAGAAUAAGAGCAUGGAUGUGUGUUUUUAGGUCUGUGUGCAUAUGCGUGAGUGUCUUAAGGGUGAAUGUAUGAUGUUUUUUGGAGGCAUGGCAGAAUAUAUUUAAACUUGAGUUGAGAUGGAUGUGUUACUGUUCUUUUGUUUCUUUCCUGGAGUCUUCAGUUCAGGAGAGAGUGCCUUACACAACACAGGAUCAGCUUUCGUUGUAAACACUAUUUAUACUGCAACCAACUAACUUCCAGAUUUACCAGUCUUCUCCAGUAUUUCCGUGUGAUUCCCAUCUUAAUACACAAUGAGCGCCCGGUUGCUGCUCUGACUUGCCUGUGUUUGAAAGACUAGCCUUGAGCGUGUUCGACAUGAAGCACUCACUCAUACAAUGACAGUUUGCAGGCUGAAAUUGGCCAGUGGCCUUUCCUCAGAAUGUUAGCAUUGUCCUGUGCAGUGUAAAUACUACUGAUGACUGUUUCAUGGAAAGACAACUUUGUGAAACACUUCACUUUUAAUCACUUCUUUACUCUUCACCAGACAGAAACACAUUGACUGCAAUGGCACUCCGUAGAGCGUAUACCUCCGCCAAGGCCCAACAGACCCCAUAAAUUCAAUCAAGUGGCACCAAAUUUUUCACACUCAUAGACAUCAGUUUUCUCAAUGUGCCUGACUUCUUUCAUCAUUAUCCAUAAAUUUUCCCUUGGGGAAAUGGUGAAAAUGUUGAAAAACACCCAAUCUCACAAAAUACUUGGAUCCACUCCCUGAUCUGGAUUCACAAUAUAAUUGGAUAGGUUCUUCCCUGACAACUAUUGCGUCAUUCCACCAAGUUUUGUGGAAGUUUGUCCUGAGGUUUUUGCUCAAUCUUGCCGAGAAACAAAGGGGACAGGGGUGAAAACAUAACCUCCUUGGCAGAGAUAGAAAUGUUGCAAGGACUGAUGGGACAGCACCUUGUUUCCAGCAGGCGAGCUGUGAACUAUACCAUUGAUUUUCCGUGUUUUAAGCUCGGCCGUGUUUUCGCUUUGUAAAUGUGCAGGAAAAAGAUGAGUGGAAGUUAGACACACACAGGAAGACCGAAGAACCCCAUCAAUACAAAACACACACAGCUCCUAUUUAUUUACGACUUAGCUCAUGAACUGAUACAUCAAGCUCUUGAAAUGGAGAUAACUUGUUUGGCAUACAAUUUUGUGCAAUGAAAAACUGAAAAUUAACAGAGGAACUCAAUGUAACAGUGCCUUUCCCAAAGGUUGAGCCCACACAACAGCUUCAGUGCUCUUUGACACAGAUUCUACUCCCAGUUCACUCACUGGGACUGUCAACUAACAUGCUGCUCCAAAUUCUCCUAUGUUGUUUAGAUGAGUUGAGAUCUGGUGGAUGUGAAUCAUCUUCAUACUUGUCAAACUAUCCAGUGAAUCCAUGUCAAUCGUAUACUUCCAGUAUUAAAGUUAGGGUUGGUAGUUGGUUUCUCAAGCACAUUUUAGCUUAUUUGUGGAAAUCCUUUUCACCACUGACAAAUUAAGUUUUAUGAAGAAUAAAAUGGUUUCUGUAGCCCUUGCAGGACUGUAAUAAACAUACCAAAUCUUUUCAAACGGACCAAAUGAAGUGAUUGGCUGGCUUUACCUGUCUGUCACUAACAAAUCGGCCUGAGAGCCGAUAGUCAGAAGUUAGCGAGCGGGUCACGGAUAAAAGUAUUUUUCUAGUAGUUGUCAGGCAGUGAUCGUUCAUGUGUUUUGGGGACGUAGCUUUGGCGAGAAUGUAUCAGUUGCUUUUGAUAUCUUUUCUGGAAUUACCAACCCUAGCUUUAAAUGAGACUCUUAAGAUUCCCGAUUGAAAGCCAAAGUUGUCUGUAAACUCCUGUAUUUGUUCACUUCUUUAAAUGUCCUUAGUAUCCUGACUGCACACUGAGGCUUUGUUGUCAAACAUGGAAUAUGGACUGUUGAUGUUGUAUGAUUAAAGGUAUUUUGAGACAAAA